AUGAAGGCAAUUGUGUAUCACGGUAAGGAGGACCUUAAAUUCCAUGCUGAUUACCCACAACCUGAAAUCAACCACCCAGAUGAAGUCAAAGUCAAGAUUGCUUAUUGUGGAAUUUGUGGCUCCGACUUGAAAGAAAUCACCAGUGGACCAUUUUUUUUCAAUCAACCGGGGUCAACCAACCCAAUUUCAAAUAAAAAGUAUCCCAUGGUUAUGGGACAUGAAAUGAGUGGUGAAAUAGUGGCAAUUGGUGCCAAUGUCGAUAAUGUGGCCGUGGGUGAUAAAGUUGUUGUUGAGGUGACUGGAACGUGCAAAGAUAAGCACCGGUUUAAUGAUUCUCCGUCAAGGAACAAACCUCUAUGCGGUGCUUGCUUUGAUGGCUAUUACAACGCUUGUGACAGCUUGGCCUUAACUGGGCUUGGGUUCAGCGAUGGUGGUUGUGCUGAAUACGUUGUCACCAGUGGUGAUAAAGUAGUCAAAUACGAUGCUUCAAAAAUACCUUCUGAUGUGGCCGCGUUGGUCCAACCUCUUGCCGUAUCUUGGCAUGCCGUUCGCGUGUCCAAAUUUCAAGAGGGUCAAUCAGCAUUGAUAUUGGGUGGUGGACCAAUUGGACUCACGACAAUUUUCGCCUUAAAGGGCCACAAGGUGGGCAGUAUUGUCGUUAGUGAGCCCGCGCUUGCUCGUCGUCUUUUGGCCGAGAAGUUAAACGUGCAAGUGUAUGAUCCAACUGGCAAACCGGUAGAGCAGUGUAUUGAGGAGUUGAGGGACAUGUCACCCGGUGGGCGUGGAUUUCAUCAUUCAUUUGACUGUUCGGGUGUUCCCGCCACGUUUGAAACCAGCAUCAAGUGUCUUCGAAUUAGGGGUACCGCCACCAACGUCGCUGUUUGGGCCCAUAAGCAAAUCCCUUAUUCACCGAUGCAUACAACAAUGCUGGAAAAGAUUGUUACGGGUUCAAUUUGCUUUGUCAAGGACGAUUUCGUUGAAGUUGUUCGCAGUAUUGAAGCGGGCAAUAUUUCGGUUGAUGAGUUGAAGUUGAUGAUUACUGACAAGAUUCCUUUGGAGGAGGGGAUCGAGAAGGGGUUUAAUGAGUUGUUGUAUAACAAAGGCAACCACAUUAAGAUUUUGUUCACUCCGCAAUGA